CUACGGAGACCCCUGGGACAAGAGGCUGAAAGAGAGCAGAAGUGAUGAUCCAGCAGCAGCAGCUGAGACAGCUCCUGCCAGAGGGGAAGGUGGACACUGCUGCUGCCCUCGCCCUGCUCGGCGGCUCCGUGGCAGCCCUGGGGGUCUGGAAAUGGCUGAGCAAAAAGAUGAUCCAGAAGAAAAUGGAAGAGGCUCGGAGGACCCGGGAUGAGGGUAUGAAGAAAAUGGCAAAGGUUGUCCAGCAGUUCAGGGAGCAGGUCCCCAGUGUCCAGACAGAUGCCAUUCUGUCCCUGCCCCUGCUGGAACUCACUGGAAGACUCCAGGAAGGGUCUCUGUCCCCCAGGACCGUCCUCUACACCUACUUAGAGAAGGCCCUGGAAGUGACCCAGCAGACAAACUGCUUGCGACACUUCAUCCCAGAGUGUGAGGAGCAGCUCCAGGAAAUAGAAGGGCAAAAGGAGAAAGGGCUGCUCUACGGCGUCCCCAUCAGCAUCAAGGAUCACAUCGGCCACAAGGGGCACUUGGCAACCUGUGGGCUCGUGCAGUGCCUGGGCACUCCGAUGGAGGAGGACAGUGUCCUGGUCAAGGUCCUGAAGAGACAAGGGGCCAUCCCAUUUGCAAUGACCAACGUGCCACAAUCCCUCUUCAGCUACGAAUGCAGCAACCCCAUCUUCGGCCAAACCUUGAACCCCUUGAACGCCCAGAAGAGCCCCGGGGGCUCCUCGGGAGGGGAAGGAGCUCUGAUUGCAGGGGGAGGCUCCAUCCUGGGCAUCGGCUCGGACAUGGGCGGCAGCAUCCGCCUGCCCUCCAGCUUCUGCGGGCUCUGCGGGCUCAAGCCCACGGCCGAGAGGCUCAGCCUAUCUGGAGUGACUGGCCCCAUCAAUGGCAUCCUGGCAGUCCCUUGUGCCCUGGGGCCCAUGGCAAGGGACGUGGACAGCCUGGCCCUGUGCAUGAAGGCUCUGCUCUGCCAGGAGAUGUUCCAGCUGGACCCCAGCGUGCCCCCCAUCCCCUUCAACGAGGAGGUGUACUCCAGCUCCACUCCCCUGCGGGUCGGGUACUACGACACCGACGGAUACUUCCCGCUGCCCCCCUGCAUGAGGAGGGCAGUGCAGGAAACCAGGCGUGCUCUGCAGGCAGCUGGGCACCAGCUGGUGCUCUUCUCUCCUCCCCGGAUCCCCUAUGUCAUGACUGAACUGUUUCUGAAGACGUUUUUUGCUGAUGGAGGCCGUACCUUUUUGGAUGUGUUCACAGGAAAUAUUAUAGAUCCAGGCUUGAAACCACAGGUGAAUUCCUGCAAGAUGCCAAGGCUGGUGAAGAAGCUGCUGGCUCUGCUUCUUAAACCUCUGUUUCCCCGCCUGGCUGACUACCUGAGCGCCAUGGCUGGAAUGAGGUCAGUGAAGGAGAUGUGGAAUCAUCACCAUGAAAUACAGGUGUACCGCUCCCAGUUCAUCAGCCAGUGGAAGGAACUCCAGCUGGACGUUGUGCUGUGCCCUGUCCUGGGGCCUGCCUUCACCACGGGAUACCCCAGGAAACUCCUCGCUGCCAUCUCCUCCACGAUGCUGUACAAUGUCUUGAACUUCCCCGCCGGGGUUGUCCCCGUCAGCACCGUGACAGAGGCUGAUGAGGAAGAGCUAAAGCUUUACAAAGGAUGCUGUGGUGACCCCUGGGACCGGACACUGAAACAGGCUGUGUCAGGAGCCCUGGGGCUGCCCGUGGCCGUGCAGUGCGUGGCCCUGCCGUGGCAGGAGGAGCUGUGCCUGCGCUUCAUGAAGGAGGUGGAGACCCUCAGCCGUGACAAGAGAGCGGCGUAG